GGCUCAAGCUCCCGCGAACUACCAGCUUUCCUCGUCUGCGUAUCUCAACUACCAGAAUCGAUCACUUUGUUUUCGGCCUCGUCACCGUCGCUUUUGCAGCGACACAAGCUUCAGCGCACUCUGUUUUGCCGCUGACGACAUACUUCUCCGACCAAAUCAUGUCAUGACCGACACCCGCACCUUGUCACGCAAUGGAUGCUUAUCCUACUGAUUAUAUCACGCACAAUCUACCGUUGAUUCUGCUGUCCGGUUUCGCCAAUAACGAGUACGAUGACGACUCGCUAGGCGCUGAAUACCCUCUCCUGGAUCAAAAAGGAACGGUUGUCGCAUCGGACUUUCCGCUGCUUAAUGGGCCCCUCGUCGACGACCUGCGCUCUGCCUUUCUUGACUAUGAUGCGUCCGAGUCAUGCUGGAGAGCAGCUGAUGCCGGCCGGUCUCCUCGCCUUGCAACGAAAAUCAAAGUGAUCGGAAGGACAUACCGCCUUCCCCCGCACAAGGCAGGAUUCCCCUCGGAUGCAGAUAUCACUCUAUCUUCUGGAAUCCCAGUCGUGCACUCCCCGAUUUCUCCUUUGACGCCUGGGUCGCCAACCUUCCCCGAUGGCCUCGUUACGCCCUCCUGGGUGCUCAAGCACCAGCAUUUGGUUCCAGCCGCAGUUGUCAACAUUUUGCCAAUUACAUCCGAUUCUAGUAUGAGUAUGCUGCGGGAUAACCAGUUAAAGAUUGAAAUAAGGGGGUUGAAUGAGGCAUGGGCUGCUUCGGGUUAUAAAUCUCGCUUUGUCGUGGUAUUGGUGGCAGAAGAUGGUGUUAAUACACAGGAACUUGACGAGCGAAUGGCGAAUAUUCGGAGAGCCACAAAUAUCGACCCAAGAUCCCUUUAUGUUUUAUACCCCGAUCUCUCAGCCGUUGAAGUAAAAGACUUUGUACGAUCAUUAUUGUCCUCCUUGCACCCUUCUCUAGUCGAUUAUUACCGAGAUCUAUCUAAACAUGCGCGAAGGAAACGAAACCGAGGGUCGAUACCACCACCAACAGCUCCACCUACAAGUGGGACAUCGCAAACAUUGUCUUCACAAGGCUGGAAUGUUCGUUAUGAAUUCAAGUUGGGCGUUUUCGCUGAGUUUCGACAAGAAAUGGAAGCGGCUCAGCGUAACUUUGAGGCUGCGUACGAGAUCCUUUUUGGACAGGAAGUCUUUGAGUCAAUUGCAGCCUGGCAUCCCAGAUUCAACGAAGCCCGGCUACUUGGUGAUAUAUUGGCCAUUCGCAUUAUUCGAUGUUUGCUUUGGAGCUGCCAGACAACCGCAGCCGUGCGAUUUUGGAUAAAUCAUAGAACCAACACUGAAGAUAUCGUUCAUCGCAAAGGCAAAGGAACGAAGAACUAUGGAUGGGAAGCCUGGGAUUCUAGAUGGUCAACUGUUAUGUCUGAGCUGAUCUCGCGCGCUGAACUGCCUUCGUUCUCACCAGACGUGCUUCGGGAUCCCGCGCGAGUUUAUGAAUCAAUAUUUCAUCCCCCUGAGAAAAAGUUUCCUAUCAGUGAGGGUCUUCUCCCCUGGGAGCUUCUUCAUCAUGAAGGCUAUUGGCUUGAUCGAUCAGCACAGCAUCUAAUCCAGCGUCAGGCGCUUGCGGAAAAAAUUCCAGAGGAGCAUCGCAGCUCGACAAACCAGUCCCCAGCCUCGCAAGUCGUGGCUAAAUUACAGUUCUAUGACAUAUACCUAGUCCCUGAACCUCACAUAGAAGCUCCGAACACUGAUAGCUCCGGCUUCGACCACUAUUCUGCGAUCAUCGAUACACUGAAGACAUCUUUGGGACACUUUGCUGCCCGAGGACAAGUGAGAAAAGUGGAAAGCCUGAGUCUAGAAAUAGCCAAAUGUCAUAUUGGUAGAGGGCAAUGGAUUGACGCUUACGAAACCCUAAAACCCCUUUGGCCGAGUUUAACGUGGAGAAAAAGUGGUUGGUGGGAUUUGAUGGAUGAAUUUGCCUGGACACUCAGAGCCUGCGCUAUUGAGCUCAAUGAUUAUGAAACUUUGAUAUGGAUUUACUGGGAGCUUUUAUGUGAAGUUUUCCACCCUCGCCCGACUUGGAAUUAUGAUUUCCAUCAUUGCCUUGAUGGAAUUACUACUAGCGACCAUAAGCCUUCACUUGUUCUCAAGGCGGACGAUGUUAUCACAUGCUUGUCAGCCUCGUUGGUUUUUGAGAGAUCCGAGGGCAAUGUUGGUGAGCCGUUGAAAGCUCAAUUAAGCAUUGAAUCCCUAGCACAGCGUGAUUCUGCACCGAUAAAGCUAUCAGAGGUCAAAAUUAUUUUCGAAGGCAACCUGAGACCUAUCAGGUUGCAAACAGAAAAUUCAGAUUCUGAGGAUGAUAACCCUAAAUGUCGGAUUUCCGAUGUUACAUUGCAUGAUAUAAAAGAGCCUACCGAGUCCUCAAGUUUUUCGUCGUCUAUAGUGGGCAAAGUAGACUUGACCUUGAGGCCUUCUCAUACCAGGGUGUUUAAUUUGACGAUAGUCCCGCGUGAGGCAGGUGAAGCUAGAAUUGCAUCAAUCACCCUUGUUGUCAAAGAGGAGAAAUUCAAUCUCUCAUAUGUUAUACCAAAUGACCAUCAGAGCAUGUAUUUCUUCUGGUGGAAAAACACUCCUCAAGGUCCGCGCAAAAGGAGAAUAGGCAAAGAACGCGACACUUCCAUGUGCAGGAUUCUCCCUAAACCUCCAAAGAUUCACAUUCAUACACCAAAUCUGGAGAAGUACUAUUAUACCAAUGAGCGGGUUGCACUGACUGUGGCCAUGCAAAAUAACGAAGAAGAUGUGGCGGAAGUAGCUAUGCAUGCCAAAAUAUACUCACAGCCCGGGUCGGAAGUCGAAUUAUCAUGGCUUGACAAUGCCGACCCCGUUGACAGUACUGAGGAGAAUAUACCUCACUCGAUAUCACGAAAUGUUGGAAAGCUGGCCCCGGCCUCUACUUCGGAGGUCCAGUUAGUGCUGUCUAAUACUGUAAAUGCCGUGAAAUAUGAGCUGGAAAUAUCGAUGCUAUAUUUCUUGUCGUCAGACCCACAAACACCAAUCUCCAAAUCAAUUGUCGUUGACCUGGAUUUUGUGAGACCUUUUGAGGCCAAUUACGAUUUCCUCCCGCGAAUUCAUCCUCAGCCGUGGCCUAAUUUGUUCAGCCUCAACGAAGCUCUGGCGACUUCUGAUACUCCCCGACCAGAUGGCCUACAGCAAAAAUGGAUAGUCAAUUCAAAGCUUGUCUCCUUUGCCUCGGAGCCACUUGAUAUUGAGAAAGUCAGCCUUGUUCUACUGGAAACACACGGUAGAGCAGUUUGUGAAUUGAGUACAGAGACUUUGAUGACACCCGAGACUCCACAAAUCAAGCUAGGAGACCUUCGUGAAUCAGAAUUUGAGGUCAAUGUGCAUAAGCUAAGCCUCGAAGAUCGACAAUCUGUAACCCUUGAUCUUUCUUUGGAUGUACAUUGGAGAAGAACAUUGUCAGAUGGAACGGGGACUUCGACGGUUUCAUCAUUAGCGAUGCCCCGGUUCUUGAUACCCAUGGGCGAACCCCGCAUAUUGGCCUCAUCAGUAUCAUCCGACCAACUACCUGGUUUAAUUCACCUUGACUAUACUAUUGAGAAUCCCUCAAUACAUUGUUUGACAUUCAACCUUACGAUGGAAGCGAGUGAGCACUUUGCAUUCAGCGGAUCUAAGACGAGGGCAAUCCAACUGGUCCCUCUCAGCAGACACACUGUUCGAUAUUCCCUCCUCGCGUUCAACCCUGGGAUGUGGAUUCAGCCGCAACUUGUUGUUAUCGAUACAUACUUUAACAAAACGCUUCGGGUUCUCCCGACCGAGGGCAUGCGGUCAGAUAGAAAAGGCAUUUUAGUAUGGGUCGACGCUGACGGGUCAUGAUGAACAAUGGGGACAAGACAAUACGCAGUGUCAUUGACGUUUGGGGUGUACGCCAAUCCGAGAAAUUUUCUCUCUCUCAUCACUAUGAACAAUAAAGAAAAGCCAUCCAACCUAUUCUGGGUUUCAUAUAUGCGAGAUUCUAAUUGAUAUCUCGGCAUUUACUGGCAUUUCACGCUCCUGUUUUCUUCCUCAGAGUUUCCACGUGCAUUUAUUUUUGGUAGCCCUCAGGAAUAGACCGAUAGAUACACAAUCAACACGAGUAGACUGUGAACGAUGAUUAUAAUUGACGAGAAUCUUACCAGCAUUGAACAGAUGUAAUCGAGAAGAAAACACU